GCCAGGAAAGCUUCCUAGCAUGGGGGGUAGCUCGGGAGAGUCCUCCCGGCAUCCAAUCAUAUCGGCGCAUGUGCUCAUCUUGUCGAAACUCGAGCACUUUUUCUCGUUCCUCGACAGGCACCCCACCCCUUCUUGAUCGCGUCCGGGAGGCCCGUCAUCCGUUGUUCAACCGAGUCAAGUCCGUCACCAGCCUGUGUCAGUCGGGUUCAGCGACGAAUGGAGAAAACAAAACUCUCGUUUCCCCCCCACUGGCGCUUCGACUGUCCGAUACGAAGAUGUUUGAGCCUCCAAGGAAGGCAGGCCUGGUACAGAGUAGGCUGAGCUGAAUGAGUUGAGAGCAGACCACGGAGCUCUCAGCUCAGACAACCGGUUUCUUGUUGGCCAGAAAACAGGCGCUGCGUGGGCGGAAGCUCGCCUCUCGCAUCAUCCCAGCUGCCGCUUGUUCUGGCCAUCCUACCUUGGAAAGACGUCGAGGCGCCUGACACCACCUGACCUGACCGCCUCGAGAGACUAGAGGCCUCUGAUGCCAGGUUCCAGGUCAAGAGUCCUGGGCAUCCCAGUUUGCGGUUGCACCACGAGUAUGAGUUGACGCAUUUUGCAUGGAAUUGUACAGCGUGAUGGCGGCUUUUGUCUGCCAUGCUGACUCCCGAAGCAAGAGUCCAUUUCCCCCUGACGACGUGACGCCAGCAGCUGCGGGUUCGACCCCGUCUUCUUCUUCCCUUAUCCAUCCCACACCUCCAGCUCUGGGAUUGCGUGGAGGCGAUGCUACCCCGGCACAGUAGGGCGUGGCUUGUUCAGACUGUGGCCUGCUAAGCGGUACUUGUACAGACACCAGGCUCGGGGCGCCGUUGAGCGGGUUUGCAAAGCACGGCAGUCUCUCUUUAACCAGGUGGGCAAGGCUUGGACUAAACAGGUAGCAGACAGCGUGGACAGAAAGAGCUGCUUCCGGAGCGGGAGACCCCAAAGAUACCUAGGCGCAUGGCUCAAUACCCGUCAAUGAGAAUGUCGGCACCGUGUCACUGCUUGCUCGCUGAUGCUUACCUUAGUGCUUGUCCCUGUCUGGGAGGUGCUUGGCUCCCAUUGCUUGAUGUCAAGGACGGUCCCCGCUUCGAUCCCCGCCCUCUCCCUUCGAGCUGUUCCAUCCAUUCAUUGUCUUUGCUCCCACCCCAGACCCCAAGGGGAAUUGCCACCACCGCCCGUCCAAUUCUUCGAAACACCUCUUGUUACACCUGCAAGAAGGAGCUUGGAGCUCUUUCUUCCCCAAAGCGCAAUUCCAGAAAACAAUUCAUUUUCUAGCUUACCGUCGACAAGUCCAAAUGUAACAAGCUUCGCGGUUGUCUUUUUUCUCGACUGCUCAAUUGAAUUACAUACUGCGACCCCGACCCUAACCGCCCAGCUUCUUAUCGGCACCGCAAUUGCCUGUCGCUGCCUAUCGUCGCUAUCGCUAUCAUCGCCUAUCGACUCGACCUCCAAGAGCACCUCCCCCGCCAGAGCACUCGACAUCGCAUGGUGGGGUUAGCAUCUCAAGAUGCCUCCAAGGUCUUCUCUUACUUCGUCCUUUUCCAUUACCGACGCCAACAAUGAGGUUGUGUGCCCGCUUCACAAUCAGGAUGGCUCCAGUUGCAGAAAGCGCUGCAUUGGCGAGAAGAGAUACCGCUCAAUGCAGGAGCACAUUCGAAGAGCGCAUCCAGAGCACUACAUCGCCAAGCUGCCUGCAACCGAGGAGAGCUUCUUGCUCAUGAUCAACACCCCACCGCGAACGACCGCCCAGCCUACCUCUGCUCCAGUGCACAUGAGCCAGAACAAAGGACCGGCGCAUGGCUAUCGUAGAGAUGACUCCAGUGCCCCUGGCACCCCGCGGCACCCUGAUGAGUACCAGGGCGGAGCCGCCAUGUAUCCUGCUGCAGCCGCCCUGGCGCAGCUGCACAGCUACAAGAGCGAGCACGGAUGGGAGUCUGAAGGGGACUGGCAUUCAGACCACGAAGGCGGCAGGCCGAGGACAUCGGUCGAACUGCCACCCAUACAUCUGACCAAUGCAGAUGUGACGAGCAUGCCGUAUUCCGGUCUUGAUCCUAAUAGGCGUCGCGAGGUUCUUCCCUCGAUUAUGGCCAACUCUCCCCCAGGCCGAUCCUCAACCCUCCCGCCACUGCACAGACCCCUAGAUGCCAACCGCCCGCGCAAGCAGUCCAUCUCAAAACGGAGCCAUUACCGGAGAAAAUCCAAGGGUGCUGCCGCUGAAUGGCUGCGCCGGAUUCAAAAUGAUGUGAAUCCCGAUCUCCUCAAACCAGGCGGUGCCGACAGAAAAGCCCUUUCGGUCGAGCCAACAGCUGAUUUUGGCAAGCGCUGGGAGGAUCUGAUCGAUGCGGCCGCCUCGGCAACGGAAGACAUCGAUGAGGACAGAACUCCAUCGCCCGUAUCCAUCCCACGUGCAUCACUGCCGCCAUUCCCUCACAAUACUUUCACGAGCUACCAAGCGUCCCCCUUGCAACAAGCCCUCACGCCCCCGUCUUACAACAACGAAGGCCCCGACCCGUUCCCGUCGGUCGAGAGCGGCGAAAGCGGCGAUAAUUUUCACAUCGAAUCUCGGGGCCUGUCUGAUUCGUCGCCCAGCUUUUCCUCCCAGAACACGCAGAUAUACUGCGCUGCCUGCCAGGGCGUCUCGCUACUGCGGGAAUCUUAUGCUUGUACCGAGUGCAUCUGCGGUCUUUGCCAGGCAUGCGUCGACGUCUUGAUGGGCGAGCAGGGUGCUCGCAGGAAAUGCCCGCGUUGCGCCACGAUAGGGGGUCGCUUCAAACCCUUUCAGCUCGACAUUCGGUAAAUCAUUUUGACCGAGUCAUCGACGCUGCCUCAACGUCCUCUCUACUGUCUUUUCUACUAAUAAUCAUACGGACUUGGCGUCAACUUCGGGCGGUUUCUUCACUUUCAUACGGCCCUCAUUUUCAGCACCAUCGGCAUCUGUGGGAUAUAGCAACAUCAUUUUUACGACACUUCAUGUAACACCCAUCACGAGAAUGGGCUUUUGGUUGAGGGGAUGAGCCUCGACAUGUAGGGAUACUCGCACAGCAGCGACUGAGGACUUUUUGACGACUACACGAACCAUCCAGCGAGCCCGAUGGGCAUUUCGCUUCAAUCUGAUCAGUGAAGGAUAUAUACCCUUUUCAUAUGGGCCCGAUCUUCGUUGGGGAUGGUCAAACCCACAUAGCAUGGAUCGACUUGGGGGUUCUAUUGGCGUAGCUGGUUUGAAUUUUGUCUGGGGAAGACCAAAACGGCGUUUUUGCUUUUCCUUGCGUUUUUUUGAUCUUUCUGCCUCCCCGCGUUAUUUGAUGCUUUGACACUUUGACGUUUCUAGUUGUGAAACUGCUUUCUUUCACGCCUCAUUGAGGCCAGUUGGCGUUGGCUGGGUUACGCGAGACCUUUUGCUUUUCAGUUCUUUUCAGUUCUUGCCCUUGCUCAGCAUGUCAGCUAGCUUGCGCGUUUUUUCUUUUGGCUUUGGGGAGAUCUCGUAGGCGAUUUCGUCAUGACAUUGUUUUAGCGAUGAGGUGUGGGGAGUUUCUGGGUUAGAGGACCGCCGGUCUACUUUGUCUGGAUCCUGAGGUCGACAACACCGUUUCCCCAUUCAACUAGAAGAGAAUUUCUCUCAACGACUACCACCGGGUUGUUGUUGCUUACGGCCUGGCCUUGCCGACAGCUUUAUCGAAUAUUUUGAAUUCUAUGUAGGGUAGUAAGGCAAUUUUCACAUAGGACCUAGCAAGGCAAUUCCUGUCUGUUUUGAGUUGACAUCCUUUGCUGUGCGUGCUGCCUGGGUGUGUUGACUGUCUCUUGAAAGAAA